CAGGUGGCUGGCAUCAAGUAGCCUUUUUCCGCUGUCAUGCAUCCACACAAGUGCGUCUCUGCAGAAAUUUGGGAAGUGGGAGAAAAAGAACUGGAUUGUUUACCCUCCGCAGCUGCCUGGAGAACCUCGCAGACCAGCCGAAAUAUAUCACUGUCGGAGGGAAAUAAAAUACAGCAAAGAUAAGAUGUGGUAUCUGGCAAAACUGAUAAAAGGAAUGUCCAUUGAUCAGGCUCUUGCUCAGUUGGAAUUUAGUGAUAAAAAGGGAGCAAAGGUGAUCAAAGAGGUUCUGUUAGAAGCACAGGAAAUGGCAGUGAGAAAUCACAAUGUGGAAUUUAAAUCCAAUUUACAUAUAGCUGAGUCAUUGACGGGCAGAGGCCGCUAUGUGAAGCGGAUUCGAUACCACGGCAAAGGCAUGUUUGGCAUCAUGAAAAUUUCCAGGUGCCAUUACUUUGUGAAGUUGGUGGAAGGUCCUCCUCCUCCUCCAGAGCCACCAAGGACUGGGUUUGACCAAGCGAAAGAAUACGUGGAGCAUUUGCGAAGUAGAACCCUUGUUAAUACACUGUGACAGAUUUUUGUGACUAUAUAGAAAUUUCUUGUUUGAUGAUGUAAUUAUAUAGAAGAAUAAUUAAAAUAAUGUUU